UGCACUCCAUGCCUGCAAGAAUGUCUUAAGCCAAAAAAGCCUGUUUGCGGCGUGUGCCGCAGUACCCUGUCACCUGGUAGCAGAGCUCUGGACUUGGAAAAGCAAAUUGAAACGACAGAAACCACUUGCAAUGGCUGCAAUAAAAAAAUGUAUCUCUCAAAGAUGCGUAGCCAUGCAGCUUCUUGUUCGAAGUACCAGAAUUAUAUAAUGGAAGGUGUGAAAGCCGUAACUAAAGAACCACUUCACAACACCAGGAACUUCCCAAAUCGCUUUACCUUUCCUUGUCCGUAUUGCAGCGAGAAAAACUUUGAUCAAGAAGGACUAGUUGAACACUGCAAAACGUUGCACACCAUGGAUGCAAAACAAGUGGUUUGCCCAAUUUGUGCCUCAAUGCCGUGGGGAGAUCCAAAUUACAGGAGUGCUAACUUCAUGGAGCACCUUCAAAGACGACAUCGCUUUUCCUAUGAUACUUUUGUGGAUUAUGACGCUGAUGAAGAUGAUAUGAUGGCACAGGUUUUGAUGCGUUCUUUGCGGGAUAAAUGAGCCAACUAGAAGAUUAACUGUAAAACCAAUCUUCCAUGGGGGGAAAAUGCCCAGCAUCCUCGCACUUCUCCCUGUGCAUCCCAAGAUGAACUCAGGCAUCCAGAAAUACGUAAGACUUCAAUCUGUCUCGAUUUCAAAUCCCUAUUUGAUGUUU